CGCAGCUCCAGCUCACGUCUGCUUGCAGUGAGCCUCGAUGCUUCGGAUCCAGGGCUCUUCGGUCGUCAUCUUAGCACCCUCCUCAACUCCAUCUAAGAUGGUCUGGCAGAAUAUUCGCCAACUUGGUCGGAAGUUGAUGCGCAGGUGGCCCCUGCAGCUGGGCCAGGAGGGCUCUAAGCAUCGCUUGUCUCGUUGUCUGAAGACCCUGGAUCUGGUGGCCUUGGGUGUGGGCAGCACCCUGGGAGCGGGCGUGUAUGUCCUGGCCGGAGAAGUGGCCAAAGAGAAAGCUGGACCGGCCAUCGUCAUCUGCUUCUUGGUGGCGGUGCUGACUUCUGUGUUGUCUGGACUCUGCUAUGCAGAGGGGCCUGGGAGCCAUCCAUGCUCCAGUUCCGCCCAUCUCUACACUUAGGUCACAGUGAGUGAACUGGUGGCUUUCAUCACCAGCUGGAACCUCUUACUCUCCUACGUCAUUGGUGCCGCCAGCGUGGCCAAGGCCUGGAGCUUUGCGUUUGACAGCCUGAUCGGGAAGCACAUCUCCCAUGCCCUGCAGGGCACUUCUCUGCACCUGCCUCAAGUCCUGGAAGACUUUUUUGCACUGGGCCUGGUGUUGGUCCUCACUGGACUGCUGGCUCUGGGAGCUCGGGAGUGAGCCUGGGUUUCCAAAGUCUUCACAGGUGUGAACCUUUUGGUUCUGAGCUGCCUCAUCGUCUCCGGCUUCAUCAAGGGAGAUCUGCACAACUGGCAGCUCACAGACGCCGACUACAAACGGGCCGAGCUGCAGUUGGAGUUAACUGAGUCCUUGGGCUCCCCGGGCUCUGGAGGGUUUGUGCCUUUUGACUUUGGCGGGAUUCUCCACGGAGCAGCCACGUGUUUCUUUGCGUUUGUGGGUUUUGAUGGCGUCGCCACCACAGGAGAAGAAGCCCUCCACCCUCACCACUCCAUCCCCUUGGGCACCGUGACCUCGAUCUUCAUCUGCUUCUUGGCCUAUUUUGGUGUCUCAGCAGCGCUCACCCUCAUGGUGCCCUACUACCUGAUAUGUCCCGAGAACCCCUUGCCGGAGGCUUUCGUCCACAUUGGAUGGGCCCCCAUCAGAUAUGCUGUGGCCAUCGGCACCCUCUGUGCCCUGUCUUCCAGCCUCCUGGGUGCCAUGUUCCCCACGCCUCGUGUGCUCUACUUAAUGGCUGAGGAAGGGCUCCUUUUCCGCGGACUCGCCCGGAUCCACGCCCGCACCAGCACCCCUGUGGUGGCCACUGUCAUUGCUGGGACCGUUGCAGCAAUCAUGGCUUUCCUGUUUGAGCUCGGUGACCUUGUGAACCUCUCGUCCAUUGGGACCAUGCUUGCUUACUCCUUGGUGGCCUUUUCUGUUCUUGUCCUCAGGUACCAGCCAGAUCAGAAUUUCAGCAAGAAUGAGAAGCCGAAGGAGGAAGUAGUUGAGAUGAAUUCUGUACCCAAAGCAAAAUCCCCAGAAUGUGUUCCUGAAGCGUCCAGCACUCUGGCGAGUCUGUGGAGCCCUGUGAGCACCAUCCCCACCCCGAGAUCAGGCCGCAUCGUCUGUGGAUGUGCCUUUGUGCUUGCUGAACCUGUUCUCCCCAACCUUGAUCCUUUUCCACUUGUCCUGCUGUCCAUGCUAUGCCUGGUAUUGGCCCAUUGGCCCAAACGCCUGUUCUCUGGAGAGCUGAUCUACAUUGCAGCGGCUGUGUUGCUGCUGGUGCUCAUUGUGGGAUUCACUUUCACCAUCUGGAGACAGCCCCAGAGCAACACUCCUCUUUAUUUCAAGGUCCCCCUGUUGCCUGUCCUUCAGUUGGUCAGCGUCUCUGUGCGUGUUUACCUGAUGAUGCAGAUGACCACUGAGACCUCGGCCCAAUUUGGAGUCUGGAUGUUGAUUGGAUUUGCUAUGUAUUUUGGAUAUGGGAUCCGACACAGCUUGGAGAACGAUCAACAGCCACCAGCGUCAAGCUCCCAAACUCCUCAUGAAAACAUCCCUAGUUCCUUGCUGAAUUAG